ACCUCCUUCAACAAAACCUCUCCCGCUUCUCCGGCCUUUACCAUUGCUUUUCACUAGAAAUAUUCCGAGAUCUUGACCGGAAAAUCUCCUAUGACGCCUGAUAGCCAGAGAAAAAUUUUUCUUGCCGCAUUGUUGUUACUUUUAGUGAAUCUACUUUCAGUGUCAGCGAGAAGCAAGACGCCUUGUGAAUUUCCGGCUAUAUUUAACUUCGGCGACUCGAAUUCCGACACCGGCGGAUUAUCUGCAGCAUUUGGGCAGGCGGGGCCACCCCACGGGGAGUCCUUCUUCCAUGGCCCCGCUGGACGAUACUGUGAUGGCCGUCUAAUUAUUGAUUUUAUAGCUGAGAGCUUGGGAUUGCCUUAUCUCUGCGCUUUCCUUGAUGCAUUGGGUUCAAACUUCACUCAUGGGGCCAAUUUUGCAACUGCUGGAUCCACAAUUAGACCCCAGAAUACAACUCUACAGCAGAGUGGUUUCAGCCCCAUCUCCUUAAACGUACAGUUUUAUCAAUUCAAUGACUUUCAUCGCAGGUCUCAGAUUAUUCGUAGCCAAGGGGGUGUUUUUGGGGGAUUAAUGCCGAAGGCAGAAGAUUUCUCGCGAGCCUUGUAUACAUUUGACAUUGGUCAAAACGAUUUAACUUCGGGAUACUUCCUCAACAUGACGACUGAUGAAGUGAGAGCAUAUGUUCCAGAACUACUAGAUCAGUUCAAAACCAUUAUCAAGGGAAUAUAUGAUCAAGGAGGCAGAUCAUUCUGGAUUCACAAUACUGGUCCGGUUGGUUGCCUACCAUACGUCAUGGACCGUCUCCUAAUCACCGCCGCACAAGUUGACGAAACGGGAUGUGCAACUCCUUUCAACGAUGUGGCUCAAUAUUUCAACUGGAAAUUAAAGGAAGCUGUUUUCCAGCUAAGGAAGGAGCUCCCAAAAGCUGCAUUGACAUAUGUAGACAUCUAUACCUUGAAAUAUGAUCUCAUCAGCCACGCCAGGAAGCAUGGUUUUGAACACCCUUUAAGAGCCUGUUGCGGACAUGGGGGAAAAUACAACUUCAAUGCGCAUUUCGGUUGCGGAAGCAAAAUUAAGGUAAAGGGCAAAGAGAUUAUGAUAGCAAGAUCAUGUAAAGAUCCAUCGGUGAUGAUCAAUUGGGACGGGGUGCACUAUACUCAGGCCGCUAAUAAGUGGGUUUUCGAUAGAAUUGUGGAUGGUUCGUACUCGGACCCUGUCAUUCCUUUGACAAUGGCUUGUCAUAGGCGUUAGAGACUCCAAAAAUUCUUGGGCUACUGAGAAAUGGAUAAAAAGAGGAGCAGAUGGUACUUGCUUACAAACGCUCCAACCCUCCAUUUUUUUUUUUCUUUCUGCUAUCAAUUUAUGAAUGAUUUAAGCACUCAGGUAUUAAUGAUGGCUUGAUAAGU